AUGGGGAACGCGAGCAGUUCACCGAAGAUCUCGUCCCAGGAUAGGGCGAUUCUCGACCUCAAAAACCAGCGCGACAAACUCCACCAAUAUCAACGCCGAAUUACCGUCCUAACAGACCGCGAAACCGAAAUCGCAAAGGAAUGCCUAGCCCGCAAUGAUCGGCGGCGUGCCCUUCUCGCCCUCCGACGCAAGAAAUACCAAGAAUCCCUACUUGCCAAGACAGACGGUCAACUUGCGCAGCUAGAGGCUUUGACCGGGCAAGUGGAGUUCGCGCUUGUGCAGAAGGACGUGCUGUAUGGUUUACAGCAAGGAACGCAGGUGCUGCAGACUAUCAAUAGGGAGAUGGGUGGUAUUGAGAAUGUUGAGAGGUUAAUGGGCGAUUCCGAGGAUGCGAGGGCGUAUCAGGAGGAGGUGAGUCAGAUGUUGGCUGGCCAUCUGACAAACCAGGAUGAGGAUGAAGUCGAAGAUGAAUUGGAGGCUUUGCGGCUUGAGGCUGCUGGGCCGCAAGCCCUACCUGAUCCAGUUGUUUUGCCUAGUCCGCCCACCGCGAGGCCUGCUGAGCGGGUCGAAGAGUCGGAGCCGACUCGGGAGAGGGCUGCUAGGGCUCGAACUGAAACGAGGACAGCUUUGCCUGCGUGA